CUAAAAUGAACAAGAAGUGUGAAAAUCUCAAAGAUUUUUUGACGUUUUGCUUAUAUUAACAUUAUGACGUUACGGAUUGUCGAUUCAAUUUUAUAUUUUCUAAAGUUCGAGCUCAAUUGAUUUCCGUUUCUGGUGAUUAUCUAGCUUUUAAUUUUGAACCUACAAUUUUAUCGAUAUUCAGCAAAUUUUUCGUCAAAAAAAUGUCGACAAAAUGUAUGGUGUACCAGUUAGGCACGUUGUGUAAGUAUUAGGCAGAUGCAACUGGCACGAGAAUAUAGUGUAAUAGAAUAGUACUUGCAGGUAUAAAAUGCACAACAAUAUACCUUUUCCUACCAAUACAGAGGUAUAACAAACUUUGUAAUUGUGCAAUUUUAUAACUGCUAAAUUUUACUAUUUACUUUCGAUCCAGAUGAUGCGCCAGAAAGUAUGUCAGUAUGAACACGUACUGAUCACGCAUAAUACGUAGUUGUUAUUGCUAUGUACGUGCCAUUCCCCAUUAUGCUUCAUUUUAUACUUUUUUAAAAUUUAUUUUGAAUACUGGUGACUCAUUGUUUACAGUAAAGCCUGUCAUAGUUUUGACACGUCAGGUAUGUCAACAAGUUAUUCAUAUCUAAUGGGUUUCCAGAAGGUUCCAUCACAAAUGCUGAUAAACGGAGUGUUAACAUUAUUCUAAAGUCUAAGUUUUUCUGGGUUAUCCAGAAUCUUCCUUUUUUAUUUUUGGCGAUAGGUGAAAGCGCUGUAUUCUUCCAUGAUGCUUUAGAUAGGGAGCUGUCUGAGGGCAAAAAGAAACUAAAAUCACCUUUUUAAAAUGUGGAUCUAAAAAGCCAUAAAGAACCGGAUUGAGCACGUGGUUUAUGAAAUACAGUCGAAAGAAGAAGAAAUACACUGUCUUCUCGCCUGCACUCAUAUUCAGCAAUAUAUUUUUAGCAAUGAAAGAAAGAAGUGUCAAGUACAGAAUAGUGGUAAAUAUGAACAACACACUCUGUGUGAUAACUAGUGCUACAGUACUGGUUUAUGGACAGACAGACAGUAACUGUACGAGUACAUCUACCACUGGAACGCAUUUCAUGGUUGCCGUGCCGGAAAGUACCAUAAAACCAGACAAAAUAGUGCUUCAUAUCACAUCCACAAACAUGACAAACGUUACCGUGAAAGCCCCAGACAUAUAUUUUGAUCGGACAUUCAGCAUUGUAGACCACAUACAAGUGAACUUAUCAAGUGGAAUAAUGCAUACUAGUUCCGGAACGUCCAAGAAAGGAAUAGAAAUAAAGUGUGACAAGCCAUGCUCUGUUGCUGUGUUACCUCACCAUUCAAACGACGCAGUUGAAGGAUUUCUAGCCUAUCCCGUUAACGCGCUUUCAACUAAAUAUGUUAUAUCAUCAUAUGACCCUAACAGCGGAUCUUCAAGCGAAUUUUUACUAGCAGGAAUAGAAGAUAACACACACGUUGAACUAACUAAACAUUACGGACGAUACAUUGACGGCAAUACUCUUACUUUCAAUAAAUUUAACACAUAUAUGUUUAAAUCAAGAUACGAUCUUAGUGACUCAAUGAUUUCUAGUAGUAAGCCAAUAGCAGUAUUCUCUGCUACUGGAUCGAGUAAAAUUCCAAAUGGUUAUGGAGACUUUCAAUAUAUUGUUGAACAAAUGAUUCCUACAAAGUUUUGGUCGAAGUCCUAUAUCGUACCAGCUCUGUAUCCUAGAGAAGAAUAUCUUUAUCGAAUCUAUAGUGCAGAAAAUGAUACAUCCGUAAUACAACAUCAUGACAAUGCUACAAACACCACUCUUGAUUCAACAACGCAUAUUUCGAAUCUUGCAUCUAAUCCAUCUGUGAUUAUAGCUGACAAACCCAUAAGCGUGAUUCAGUACUGUUAUGAUAGAGAUACAAUGUAUGGGGAUCCUUUCAUGACGACUGUGCAAGCCAUAUCACAGUUCGAAAACACCUACGAAUUUAUCACUGACUUUGACCGCAUGAACACCGGAAUAUGGCCUGUUACCUUAGCUAUAACAGCACUAUCUACUGAUGUAUCAGGGAUACUUCUUGACGGCAGUAACUCUUAUAUUCAUCUCCAUGGCCACAAGGAGCCUGUGCCUCCACCUUUGGACAAUUAUACUGUUAUUUACAUUAAUAUGACCAGCGAAACGUUCGGAAGCUUUCACACCUUGCAUCAUGAAUUCGGAAAACCAUUUGGUGCAACGCUGUACAGUUUACCAGGAACAGCCGCAGGAUAUGGUUAUCCAUUGAAAUUCGCUUUGAAAGACAAAGUUUGUCAAAUGCCUACAACAACAACAACGACGACGACGACGAUGACGACGACGACUACUACUACUACAUCUACUACGGCGGCGACAACGACAACAACACUCGCAAUAACAACAACAACACCAAUUCCAUCAUCCGCUAAAGUGUCAACUACAACAGAGUGGAAUUCAGCUACAGCCUUCUACAUAAACAACAAUACAGGAACCAAUCAAAGUGGAAUUCAGUGCUUCGACUGCCGAGAUAUUCCACACCUCAAAUAUUGUGAUAAAGUCACUACUUGCUCCUUGCAUGAGGUUUGCUACGUAGAGAGUUACACAAAGCCUCAUGGAGAAAAACUGUACCGGUCAGGCUGUAUUCAAAAGGAGAGGUGUAUACCUUUGAGUGGACAAAAUGACUGCCUACAGUGCUGUGAGUCUCAUGACUUUUGCAAUAUGGACGGCUGUGAAGAAGAAGCUCAGGGUUCACUAAGUGGAGGAAACAGGGGACCAUAUUGUUACGACUGUUCUCAUCUAGGAGAAAAUGAAAAAUGUCACUCCGUGCAAAUAUGUCCCUCCGACCAGGUGUGUAUGGUAGAGAAGUAUACAUGGGGUGACAAUGACUUCAACUACGUCAUGGGUUGUAUACGUCCGCACGUAAUUUAUUUUUUAUUUCUUAUUCAAUAUCUUAAGGUUUGCGAAGCCAGGAAACGCUCUAUUGUAGACCGGAAGCUGAAUGUUCGUCACGCGCCUGUGUGUACACAUUGCUGCUCCUCUGAUUUCUGUAACCAGAACUGCACACACCAUUACACACCUGGAAUUAUCGGUUAAAACAACGACUUAUUUUUCCAUUUUAUCUAUGCGCAUUACAGUUUAUCGGACAUUCUUCGACAAUAAACUACUGUGAACUGUCAUUUUAUUUCCUUUGUUUCUGUCUCUAUUCAUAAAAAGUGUAACUUGGAAAUAAAAGAUAUUGAUCAUUUCUUGCAUUAGG